CUUUUCUAAUUAUUUUUAAGUUAUUUGGCCCUUCAUAAUUGAAAAAAAUAAAAGAAACGAUGUCGUUCCUUUUAAAGUUUCUUCCUUCUGGUAAACCAGAGAAUCUGAAACUUCAACAUGCCAUGCCUUCGUCGCUCCAAAUCUCCGACCUGUAAUUUUUCUUCGGCAGCCCGGGCUCUAGCCUACCCUAACCUUAACGUAGAUCGGCCCCUGGUUACUACAGAUUACGCCACCAUCACCACCGCUGUAUGCAAUGGCUGACGUCGAAAUUAAAACUUUAGUAUCAAUUCUUGCGAUUGAGCGUUUCUAUUAGUUGGAAGAAUCUGCAGCUCUCAAUGAGUCUAUCUCCGUUCAAGCAAGACAUCGACGAGCUUCUUAAUGAGUUCGGUGAGAAUGAGUUAACAAAAUUUGCUGAAAUGAAGAAAGUUUGGUUUUCUAGAAGGUUCAGUUACAUAUUUGAUGCUAUGCCUUCUAGCAAAUUGUCCUUGUUUAUGCAAUCUCUUUAUGCUCAUUCAAUUGGUUACAUGGUGAGCAGUAAUGCUCCUUUGUCUCGAAGAUUAGGCGGCUUGUAUUGCCUUUACUGCUUACAUGAAACUCAACCAUUCAAGCCUCCUUUAAGAAUCUAUAUAUCUCUUGGAGAGCUAAAUAAACUUACGCAGCUUGUGAUUGAUGCAAAAGCUCAGGGUAUAAAAGAUGUUAUCAGUUUGGUCAGUAGAAUGCUAGAAAAUAACAUGUUUCUUUUUGGCGCUGUGGACAUAAAUGAAGGCUCUACUACCCAAUUAGUGGACGAACUCACGCAGCUGCAAAAUGAUCGCGUCCAGCAUGCAUAUAAAAAAUUAAUUCCCGAGACUCGCCUUAAACAGUUCCUCCACAUGGACUUGGGUAACAAAUUUGAUCUUCAUACAAUGAAAAAAAUGUCAGCAGAGUAUGCAAAGGCCAAGAAGCAAGCCAUCCAAGAGGCGGGUAAGGUGGUGAACGUAGAGGACAUACAGCACAUAUCAGAUGAUAAGGAAUUUAUUGGAGAUGUAAUGGAUAACAUCGGAGGGAACUGGAAUGUACAGAAAGAAAUGUUCUACCAGCAGACAGGAUUGUAUCAGCAUCCAGCUCAAGAACAAGAACAGCAGCAUCAAAACCAUAAAGAGGAAAAUGAGGACGGCGAUAAUGAUGAUUUUAGUCGUCAAUUAGAAUUGCAACUAUAUGAAGAAGAGCCACAAGGAUAGAGACAAGAGAAUUAGGGAUGUAUCAGUGGAACUGAAAAUGCAACAUUUUCAAGGAAUCAAGGGAAUUGGGAAAAUGUUUUAUACUUCAAACCCACUUUAUGAAUUCCCAUAUUAACUUUGUGAACUUUGAAUAGAUUUAUAUAUUAUUGUAGAAUGAUCUCAUCUGCAUGUAAUUGAACGUGAAAUUUAUAUUUCUUAAACUAGUUUAUCA